GCCAUGUGGAUCCCUGCCCUGCUCCUGCUCCUCCUCGCAGCCCUGCUGCCCCCAGCCAGCACUACAGACCCGGACCAGCCCUGCCCUUCGGAGAUGAACAAGGUGAAGGACCUGCUGGAGGUGAACUGCACGGAGCAGGGUCUUAGCAAGGUGCCCCCAGGCCUGCCCCAGGAGACUGGCAUCCUGCUGCUCAGCACCAACCACUUCACCUCCCUCUCCACCUCCGACUUCGUGCCCCUCGCCCAGCUGCAGGACCUGGACCUGUCCCACAACGGGCUGCUGGCUCUGCACACAGGGCCCCUGCUGCCGGCGCUGCAGGAGCUGACUCUGUCCCACAACGAGCUGCGGGAGCUGCCCACCCUGCGGGGGCUGCCCUCUCUCACCCACCUGGCCCUGGCCCACAACCGCCUGGCAGCGCUGGCGCCGGGGGCGUUCCGUGCCGUGCCGCGGCUGCAGGACUUGGACCUGCGAGGGAACCAGCUGAGGACGCUGCCCCCGAAGGCCUUCGAAGGGCUGGGGGCACUCAAGGACUUGGACCUCUCGGACAACCUCCUGGAGGAGCUGCCGCAGGAGCUGCUGCAGGACCUGCGGGCGCUGGUGACGCUCUGGCUGUCGGGGAACCGCCUGCGGAGCCUGCCCGAAGGCUUCUUCCCCGAGGGGCACAUCUUCAUGUACGUCUUCCUCACCGAGAACCCCUGGCACUGCGACUGCCAACUGCGCUACCUGCGCCUCUGGAUCCGCCAGAACGAGGACAGCGUCUACCAGCCCGAGAGGGGCCUGGAGAAGACCAAGGUGGAGGUGGCCCCUGAGAAGGUUCUGUGCCACAGCCCCGCCGAGCACCGGCACAAACCUAUCAUCCACUUCCGACCCGACUGCGGCGCCGAGGGGGAUGCAGAUGAGGAGGAAGAGGAAGACUAUGAUGAUGGGGAAGAGCCGGUGAAGAAAGCUUCCAUGGCCACCUUGCCCUCCUCUCAGCCCAGCCCCCAGGAGAGCACUGCUGUGACCUCACCUCCCCUCACUGCCUCCACACCUCCUGUCAGCACCCCUCGGAGCUCCACCCUUGCCCCAAGCACUUUGUUGGCAAUGCUGACAAACACCAGAGCCCCCAGCCCCACCAAUCCUGUGCCCACCACCCCUACCCCCACCCAGCCCUCCAGCACUGCUCCCACCACCACCCCACACAGACUCACCACCCCCAUCCCCACUACCCCCAUCCCCACCACCCCCAUCCCCACCACCCCCAUUCCCACCACCCUCACCACUACCACCCCACUGACAACCACCAUGAGCCCCACACCUCCCAGUACCAGUAGCUGUCCCCAAGCCACCCUUGCCACCAGCACCACCAACACCUUCACCACCCCCAUGGUGUCCACUGGCACUUUUGUCACCACCCCCAUGGCAGUGCCUUCCACGGCCAUGCCAGAGACCUCUUCCACUGUCAGGGCUCCACCUCCUGCUCUGACAUCCACCACACCACUGCUCUCCAGCACCCUGCUUCCCACUCACAGCCCACCACCACCAGCUCCCAUGAGCACCACACACUUCACCCACCCUGCCCCUUCCCCUCCCCCUGCCCCUGUCCCCCUCUGCCCAUGCUCCACCCAGGGACCAGCUGUCCUCCUGCUGCGCUCCCAGGCAGGGGCAGGGGGUCCGCAGUGGGAGCAGUGGGUGCUGAGGCACUGCUGCCUGUUGCACUGGGGGCUCUACUUGGCCUCCUUGCUCCUGCUUGUACUGAUCAUGCUGGCCCUAGCAGGCUGCCUGGCAUGGAUGUGUCUGGUGGGACGGAGCUCCUGGCACAAGUCCUGGCAGACCCAAGAGGUUCAGUAUCCAAUGCUGAACUGGAGGGAGGCAGCAGAAAGUCCUGAAGUACAUCUCUGCAGCUCCAAGAGCCACGUCCAGCACCACACAUUCUGUACCAUCAAGGAGGUAGAGCUGUGCCCUGAGGUCACUUACUGCACCAUCAAAGACCUGGGCUUCCAGCACCAUCCUCCUGCACCUUCCUCCUUCCGCACCACAAAGCAGCUUUGGGUCCACCAUGGUCCUCCAGAGGCUUCAUUCAAAUCCUUCUCCAAGAAGCUGAUGGUCACAAACCUCAGCUCCCUGAGGAGCCCUUCUGCUUACAGCCUGGACAGGGGGGUGAAGACCAUGGGUGCUGUCAGAGUGAAAUACUCUGGCAACACCUUGUGA